AUGAUUCUUGAAGAAAACAUCUCAGAAUAUCAAACCAAAUUUAUACCAAAAAUCAUGCUCAGUUUGUGCUGGAUCCUAGCAGUGUUUGUCAGUGGGGCAGAAGUAAGAGAGAUUAACUUGCCAGGAUGUUCCUAUGUUGACCCUCAAAUAUGGUAUCAUGCAAUUAGUGAUGAGGACUUUGUUUUACAAUGUGCUUUACCAGAUAGAAUUGAUACUCAUAUUUAUGACAACUCAGUUCUAAAACAACAUCAGGUGAAAUGGUUCUGGCUCGAGAAAGACAAAGAGUCACCAAAGGCUAUCAAGAAAAACUCUAACCCUGCUCUCCAAGGAAAUGAACUUUGGUUUAAACCAGUAAGGGACAGUGCUUCUGGAAUGUACAUCUGUAUGAUAGGGGAAAAAAUCCAGUGUCUCAAAAUUUUUCUGGAGGUUCAAACAAAGAAGGCAGCCAAAUGUUCAGGUUAUGACUCAAAUGUGCUUUAUCUUCUUGCUGACAAUGGGAAUUCAAUAACUUGUCCUGGGACAAAAUGCUACAGCCAUAUGAAAAAGUCAGAUGUAAAAUGGUACAAGGAUGGUCGUCAGAUAAAGCGUAGAAAAACAAGACUAGGCCUAAAGCUUAGGCAUAAUGAAAUCUACUUGAAUCCAACCUAUGGUGAAGAUGCUGGAAUAUAUGUGUGUGAUUACACUUUCUAUGACAACACCACCGAGUGGACAAUGAGAACAGCAGUAACCGUAGAAGUCAUUGCAAAAAACACUAUCCACCCACCAAACUUCUUGUAUCCCAAAGGUGUUGUGAUCCUCGAAGCAGAGCUCGGAAAGCCACUUGAAUUGGAAUGCCAUGUACAGUUUGGGUAUGAAAGAGGUUCUCCAAGGAGGGUAACAUGGAAAAGAAACAACAAAGAAAGUAUAAAUGAGAACAUGAACGAGGAAACACGUGAUUAUCCAAAAGGUUUAAAGGGGCACACAGUUCUUUGUGUUGCAAAACUGGAAGAAGUCACUGAAAGGGACCUCAGAAGCAACUUCACAUGCUUUGCUGAGAAUUUGGUGGGGAAUGCCACCUCUGUGAUCCAGCUCAAAAGAAAGCAGAGAGGGUUUCUCUUAUACGUACUAUGCAGUGCUGUUUCUAUUCUAUUUGCAUUCCUUUUGUGCACUGCUUUUAUUUACCAGCACUGGAUUGAAAUAGUGCUGAUGUACCGAAGUUAUCUAGUCCAGAAUGAAACUACAGGAGAUGGCAAAGAAUUUGAUGCAUUUGUGUCCUAUGCAAAACUAGAUUCUUCUGAAAGUGACUCUACUUUAAUUAGUGAGGAGCAAUUUGCCCUGGAGCUUCUUCCAGAUAUACUGGAAAAUAAAUGUGGAUACAAGUUAUGCAUUCUUGAAAGAGAUAUUCUUCCAGGAGGAGCUUACACAGAUGAAGUUGUUACAGCUAUUAAACGAAGCAGACGAGCAAUAAUUAUUUUGAGCCCAGCCUAUGUCAGUGGACCAAGCAUCUUUGAACUGCAGGCAGCAGUGAACUGUGCAUUGGAAGACAAAAAGAUCAAACUGGUAUUAAUAAAGUUCCAGGCUUUCCAAGAGCCAGACACUUUGCCUCUAGUAGUGAAGAAAGCUCUUCGGAUUUUACCAGUCAUUACCUGGAAGUCUUCUAUUUCUGCUCCUCCAAACAAGAAGUUCUGGAAAUAUAUGCAUUAUCACAUGCCAGUGAAGACUACUAAGAUGUUGGGAAAUUGCAGCCUAAAGGAAUUUUUCCAUAGGUUAUUCAGCCUAGUAUAUCGGUAG